CUUCGUCCUUUGUUUUGUUGCAUUGUAGAAUCUCAAUCGAAUCAACCAUAUCGGUAUGGUCGAUGAAUAACACAAGCAAAGCAACAUGACUUCUUCCCGCCUUCGGAUCCUGUUUGUGCUGUUGCUGUCGACUUUUCGAGCCACAAACUCUUUUUCUUCUUGGCAUACUUCACGGCAAUCUGCGUCGCUCCCUGAUACAGCACUGCAUGCCACUUUCACCCGCCGAGGGACUCUUGCAAACAUUAUUGCUUUGGGUGUAGCUUCUUCCCUUGUUCAGGUACCAGUUGCUGUCGCCGAAACCAUUGGAAAAGCAGACGAUUGCAAUGAAAGCUAUUGUUUGGGAGUGUGGGAUGGGCUUUUUGCCGAUUGCCCACACAAUGGAAAUGCCGGCCUGCCUGGAGCUUCCUACUUGCUCAAAUCUGGUGCUGGAUGCGCCUCGUCUCAAGAUGAUACCCCUGGGAUUUUCGCAGAGCCUUGGGACUACUCGGAGGCACCUAACAAUUCGCUCGAUUGGGAAGAUCAAAUGAGGAUAUUGGUUCCAGCCAUUCAAUUAGUGAGUGCCCGUCGUGGCGACAAGGUGGACAUCGAGCUGAAGGAAGGUCGCUAUCUCCGGGUUCUUUUCACGGACAAAGCAUCAGGAGAACCAUCGAUCGGAGAGUUCUACUUCACACCCAAUGAUACUACAGUGCAGUACCGAGUUGGGUCAGUUGGUGAUCGGUUCCAAAGUAGCUUGGCUUCCCUGCGCAACAUGGAACGUUGCGAAUUGAUCCGAAAAGAACUGCGCUACCUCAAGAUUCCAGUGCUUCGGAAUCGAUCGAGGUCGCUAUUCUUUGGUGAGUCAGAGCUGGAUACGUUUGGUCCUGGAUCGGCCAUGCUGGGACCACCCGCUGAGAUGACCACGGGAGAGCUAGAAGGGAGGGGAUCAGACAAUGUGGAUCCCAAGAUGAAGAUUGAUUUUGUGCAAAAGUUCCCACUGGCGACAAAGUGAAAGACCGCUACGUUAUGUGGGUCUACCGGCAUCGGUAUAUAUGUACUCUUGGAAUUGAACAAAUCGCUUUCGUGUGUAGAUUUUUAGACAAAACUAAGAAUAGGUGCAGAUCUGUUCCGUGCUU